AUGACAUGGCACGAGCGCGGCGCGGCGCAGAUCUCCACGUGCCCUGCGUCUCAUUCACACCAAUCUGGGACGCCACCGAAGCCACAAAUCGCCAAACUGGCUACAGCCGCAGCGAUCGCCAGCUCCCUCAUCCGGCAGAAGAGGCAGGCGAGGGAGAGAGAGCGCGAGCGGGAAAGAGAGAAAGAGAAAGAAAAGGAGAGAGCGAAGGCAGCUCGCUGCAGUCCGACCCGGAGCACAGGAACCUGCGAGAAACCCAGCCGACUAAACCUCUUUUCUCGGGUCAAACUCUUCGGUUCCAAGAAGAGGAAGAGGAGAAGGCCAGAGCCUCAGUUGAAAGGAAUCGUCACUAAGCUGUGCAGUCGUCAGGGCUUUCACCUGCAGCUCCAAGCAGACGGAACCAUCGACGGCACUAAAGAGGAGGACAGCAGCUAUGCGGUGUUUAAUCUCAUCCCGGUGGGUCUGCGUGUGGUGGCCAUACAGAGCGUUCAGACCAAACUCUACCUGGCCAUGAACAACGAGGGCUACCUGUACACCUCCGAACACUUCACUCCAGAGUGUAAGUUUAAGGAGUCUGUGUUUGAGAACUACUACGUGACGUACUCGUCCAUGCUGUACCGGCAGCAGCAGUCGGGUCGGGCCUGGUUCCUCGGCCUCAACAAGGAGGGACGAGUCAUGAAGGGGAACCGUGUCAAAAAGACAAAACCAGCCGCUCACUUCAUCCCCAAACCCCUGAAAGUUGCCAUGUACAGAGAACCCUCGCUCCAUGACAUGACUGAAUUCUCUCGAAGUGGAAGCGGAACUCCGACAAAGAGCCGCAGCGCAUCGGCCAUGCUGAACGGGGGGAAGAUAGCGAGUCAGUCGACCUAAAGCAGGAUGUGCCAAGGGGACCUAAUAAGGGGGCAUGACAGCUCUGCACAAAAUACCUACACGUUUACAAGAUUUUGGCUAACGAUCACUGUGAUGACAUCACAAGUGCAAAACUGGACGAAUCCAAGCCAUUGGACUUCAUCAGCCUUCUGCAUCGUCUUCAAACUUGUAGCCUGAACAAACUGCUGCUUUUCUCAUUCUCCUUCUUCUAAACUGUGUUUCUGGAUAAAAUCCACUUUACUUGCUUAGAAUCCUGUUAAAGUAGCUGCUGAUCCCAUAACCACUGGGGCACUGGGGCACUGGGGCCGAGUCGGUGAGCGUGUGGGAGCGCCUGGCCUUCUGUAGCACAUCUUCACUGUUAAACACACUGACGGAGUUCAGGCUCCUCGCUGAGAAUCUCGUUCACACGGAAUUACGGUUUUUACGCAACCAAAGACGUGCUGUGUCUUCAUCGUGGAGGAGAGCGAAUGAGAAUCGAACAGGAAUCCGGGAUCAUUUUGUUUUGUUGCCCCUCACCCUUUCUGUGUGUGUGUGUGUGUGUGUGUGUGUGUGUGCGCGCAAGUGUGUGGCCUGCAUCAUCUUAUACCAUGCCAUGAAUAAACCCGAGUUCAACAGUGUAGCUGAAGCCGAGGAGAUUUACACACUCUCUCACACACACCUGGUUUAAUUACUGCCUGCUGUGUAAAAGUACGAGCACAGUAAAGUAACUCAGAAAUCUAAAAUGUUUACACUUCUAACACAGCUCCGUCCACCAUUUUGGAAAGGAAACUGCCUCAUAUUGGAUACAGCAAUGCCUUCUGGGUAAUUUCUGCUCCUGAAGUCCACACUGAUGGCGACUCGAUCCCUCAUCCCACACUCAUCCGCUCAGUAAUAAAGUGAAGCCCUUAAGCCGGCGUCCAAGGGGACUAAACUGCAGGGAAGUGAACGAGGGGAAGUGUUCAAGCAGGACGUGUUCAUCUCUACUCCGAUUCAACGUCUUCCUUUUACUUACUGCUUUCCUUUGUUUCCAUUUUAAAUGAAUGUCAGACGAAUUUGGGGAUCAGUUUAUGUUAAAGCGAGUUAUAAACGAGAUCAUCGCUUCUACAGGGCUAAUCGAAUCCUUCAGUUAUGAUUUAUGUGGGACGCGACUUCACUGAGUUCAGAGAGCAUUUGUGUUGCAUGGGACACACUGUGGGGGAAAGCUGCAUGUUUUAUAGGUCCGUCCGGGUGUGUGUGUGUGUGUGUGUGUGUGUGUGUGUGUGUUUGAGUGAGUGUGUGUGUGUGUGCGCGUGUGUGUGUGUGUUAGUCACAUAAUAAACUGACAGCAGUAUAAUGGAGCACGCCUCUGAUCUGCUGCGGUGAGCGAGAGGUUGGUGUAAAGGUGCCACUGAAGCGACGCCACAGGUCCGGGAUGUUUUUACGCCGCUUCAGAGCCGUGUGGAGAGACGACGUGACUUUAAGAGCCUUUUAAUGAAACGUGUAUUAAACCUUCAUCACCUGUUCUCAUGACGAGAGUGUCUUAUUCAGCUAUACUGUGACCUGAGCUGUAGUGUUUAGGGGGAUUUUUACCGGCAUUGCAUGA